ACCGACUACAGUUUGCCUUUCAAAAGACCUAGAAGACCAGAGAAACUCAAGAAAAUCAGAAGCUCCAGUUCCCGAACCUUGCAAUUUAUAGAGGUAUACUGUAAUGGUGCAAUUGUUUCUGUCGGAGCCUGAUUGGGACGAUAAUGGGGAUGCUGAAUCCGUGAAGAAGAUGAUGUCUCUUCUGAAUGAAUUGGAAUCGGUUCUCUGGUCAUUGAUGACCUCUGGAGGUCGAUCGGAGGCUCGAUUAUGGCUUUGUAACGCUGUAUCGGGGAUUACUUCUAUCACUUCUCACCAGCAACGUGAGCUAUUUGUAAACUUGUUGAGGUCAAAGCCAACGAAACUGGGCUUAGCGUCUCAGCUCUUGCGAAUGAUAUUCGAGAAAAGGCCCCAGAAAGUAGGGCCUAUUAUAGCCAAGAAGAGUUACAUGCUUGAUAAGUUCUUUGAAGGGAGUCCAACACGAAUAUUUCAAUGGUUUUCUAAUUUUGCUGAUGGUGGUGGAGUGGAGCAUAAAAAGGGUGCUAGGGCAUUAGCAAAAUUUGCUUUUGCAAAUCGGGACAUAUGUUGGGACGAGCUUGAGUGGAAGGGAAAACAUGGUCAAUCACCCGCAAUGGUAGCCACAAAGCCUCAUUAUUUUCUUGAUUUGGAUGUCGAACAAACUGUGAAGAAUUUCAUCGAGAAUGUGCCCGAGUUUUGGUCAUCAAGUGAGUUUUCUGAUUCUCUUAGAGAUGGUGAAAUAUCGUUCGUUGAUAAAAAGUUCUUUGUGGAAAUUUUUGUUAAUCUGAUGUAUAAAGAGGAUUCAAAAGAUGUAUGGGAAGUCAUUUAUGAGUUUCUUACGAAGGAAUCCUUCUCCUUUCUGUGUCACCACCUUCUCAUCACUCUUGAGGAGCAGGAUUUCUGCUUUUUCCUGGAGUUGCUAAGUAAAUCAUUAAACACAAGAAUAGAAGCUGAAAGUCUUGGUAGCUCUUCUUACUGGCUGGAGAUUAUACUCCAAAAGUUCAGGUCUGUUAAAUCUGUUGAUCAGCUGCUUCUGUUAAACGCCAUUGUAAAUCAAGGACGCCAACUUCUAAGGCUUGUACGGGACGAAGAGUCCUGUGAUGAACAAGCAACAGUGAAAGGUAUAUCGUCUCAGCUGCAAGUUACACUGAGCAGUACCAAGAACUUAGCCCCCGUUCUUAAAGAGUGCUUCAAUCUAAGGGCCACCGAAGCAAUAAAAGUAGUGGGGCUUCUAUCUUGGUUUAUUCAUUACACAUUGUCUGAGAAAUGCCCAACUCCGGAGUCCUGGGAAUCUUUAUUUAAGAGUAAUGAAAUAAUUUUUCGCAGAUAUGAUGAAUAUGCACUGUUAAACUGUGAGAAAUUGUCCGAAGAUAGUGACCAUGAAUUGAACAGUAAUUCAAGUAGAAGAAGGCGUAGGAAGAAAGACAGAAGUAGAAAGAGAAGAAGAAACUUUGAGGAUGAUGGCUGCUAUCAUAGUGAGCUAUUGGAUUUUGAUACAUCUCGUGAUAUUCAAGAUUUGAAAUCUAGGUCAGGAAGUUGGCUGCUCUCUACUGAUGGGUUUUCUGCAUCAUGGACCAAUGCAGAUUUACCAGAACAUCUCUCAAAGCAUUGCUUUUCCAAGUGGAUGAAGCUGGUUUUUACCAAGCGGAAAUAGGUUACUGGAUUUGCCGAGGUUUUGCCUGUCAUAUAGUCCUGAUCUGAGCGUGCCACUGUGCGUAAACAAGAUGAAAUGAAGGCAUGGAUUUGGUGUUCAUUUCUCUAUAUGGUCAUUUUGGCAAGUGAUCAAUCAAAAUCUUCUUCAGAGUGAUAUAUAAUGCUGGUACUGAUUGGAAGGGGAAAGUCUUCCAGAGGGUAAUGUCUAUCAAGUUCCAGCCAUUUAGCGGGCUGAUGGGACAGCAUUUCACCCCUUGAAUAGAGUUGGCAAUUAGUGGGCAAAGCUUCAUACAAGAUUGAUCCACCAGAUUGGUGGAAAGUCCACCCAGUGUUUCAUGUCAGUUUUCUGAAGCCAUAUCAAUAUAUCAUACUGAACCAGAAGAUGCAGAGCGUAAUCCACCAGCCAUCAACAGCAAGCGACAACCGAGCAAAGAAGUGGAUGAGAAGUGGAAGAAUUUAUAUGUCGCGCCACAUGGUGGCAACUAAUAAAAAAAAAUUUCACUGAUAAUUAAAAAUAAAAAUCUAUGUGAUUCGUAUAUACUAUGUAGUGAUUGUAUUUUAAUUUUGAACUCUAUAAAUAUAAAUAGGGUUUUAUUUAUUUAUUUAUUUAUAGUUUUGUUUGGUUUC